AUGCCCUGGCAGCCGCUGCUUCGGAUCGCAUUCGCCGUUGCGACGUAUCCGUUUGCUGCGCAAUGCCCUGCCGACCUGCCACUCGAGAUUGGCGACGAGCUGUAUAUUAUCGAGGAAACCCCGGACGGCAACUGGCUGCGCGGCUAUCUUGUAGCCCCGCCUAGCUUGCUUUCGGGACUCACAUCUGUCAAGGGCCAAACUCUCGAGGCGCGCGUCUUCAGCGGGAUUUUCCCACGGAGUUGUGUCGAGGUUCGCGAGGUCUUGGGCGAGACAGAUGAUCCAAACGAAGAAGAUGAUGCCACCAGCGAUGAUCAUGCUGGCACAGAGCACUUUAUCGAGAGCGACUCCGGUAAGGGUGGUUUGGCGGGCCACGCCGACAAGACACGGAAGAGGGAUAAGACAGGUACUCGGAACUCCAGAACAGACGAAAAGGGACGCAAGCUUCUGAGGGAUCUCACCAAUGGCACUCACGGCCGCCUUUCAAUCCCUCUUGUACGGGACCCUGAGGCUCCACGCCCAGCGGCCCCUGUACCGAUGCUCAAGAUUGGCGACGAGACACCGACCUCCGCCGGAGAACCUCUGAUUGACGAGAUCGCGAGCUGCCUGCGAGAAUGGCACUCUACAAACCUCCAUGAGCUCCUCCUCACUCGGCAGUACUCGCGACUGGACGAACUUUCGCGACUUGUCACCUCCCUCAACCUAAGCCGGCAACAAUUUCUCCACAACGUCUUGACGACCCACGAGUACGAGCGCCUUCGCGAAAAGACGGUGUGGGACUUGGUGCGGGUAAACAAGCUUUGCGGCGGCGAAGUCAUCGUUCGCGAUCCCGAGGAGCGAGGUCGUGUCUUGACCGGUGAUGACUCUGUGGUGGAGACAACGAAGCUGCAGUCCCUAAUGAGCCUUCUUGAUGAGCCACCUCAGCCAACUGUCGAGCUGACUGCGCUGCACCACGUCCUGGUCGAAAUCAAGGGGUUUGCUGGUGCCUCUACCGAAGAGACGUCGCUUGCGGUCUACUUAGUAUCCAAGGCGUCUGGCGGCUCGCCCGCUCCACUUUCAGAAUGCUUCAUGAUCGAGAUCCCUCCCGGAGGCACGCUGGGAACCCUGGCCAAGUCAGGCCAGUUGAAGACACUAUUCGCAGAUCUUUCCGCCCAGGACAUCGGCGACGCGCCAUCCGCCGAGUCGGAGUUGUACCUUGUGGUCAAGGUCCGAGCUACGCAGCAGAUCAUUGGUGGCGGAAAGCCUGAGUCGCGCUCUGGAUCUAAAUCUCAACCGUUCAAACAGCAAGACCCUACGAAACCCCCUUCAGCGAGCGGCAACAAGACAAUUAGGAGAAGUCUUAUGUGGGGCAGCAAAGGUUCAAGAACAGGGUUUUCUCGCGGCGGACAGAUGAACAAGAUGGACUCGGUGACUGAGCGAGCCGACAUGCGGCCCCCCACGAAUGGAGAAAGUCGUGAUGGCCAACAGCCACCCAGCACUGCCGGGUCAAGAUCACGAAACGGCUCCCUCGACGGUAACCAAGACUCACACUUGAUGGCUGAACGGACUGUGGGAAUCGGUGUUCUGAGGCUGAACUCGAUCAUGAAGCAGAGCGACUCGAUCGAGCAGGUGCUCAACGUAUGGUCGCCGACGCCAACUUAUCUGUCUGACAAGCAAAGCGGCGAAGAGUGGGAUACCUUGGUUCGUGAGCUAAUGGACAGCAAGUCUGGUCACUAUGAGAGGUCCAGGAGGGCGGAGCGCGUACAAGUCCAAUUAAAGGCUUUCAACCAUCCUGAUGCCGAUGCACUCAUCAAGGCCACGCCGACGCUCCUUGCUGGUGUCUGCAAGACCGCCAAGAUUGGCUUCUCAGGAGCACCGACCAAGCCAAGAUCAGACAUAUAUGUGACGCUCGACCAAGCCGCUCUAUCGAGACAGAAUCUUCUGUCACGUUAUGGAGGCAACCCGACGACCAUUUCCAGCAACGUGCAUGCCAACAAUCUUCAACUCACACUCGAAGUGCGCCGAACUUCCGGACAACGGAUUGAGAACUGCAUAUUCGCAUCAUCAAAUACAGAAGGUGUUUCCACAUGGCGUUCACUUGCUGCUGAGAGGGGAGAAGCAUGGCGCCAAACUAUCAGGCUCUCGGUGUCCCCUGAAGACGUUUUUACCUCACAUAUCGUCAUGCUCCUCUCCGACUCGCCGGGGUCCCCCUUUGCCGUUGCUUUCAUGCCGCUCUGGAACCAAGAGGCGUUCCUCCGGGACGGGUCUCACGCGCUUUUACUCUACAAAAUCGACGAUUACACAGCAACGGCACAGGCUGGUCCAACUGGAAAGGGUGGUUAUCUAUCGCUGCAAUGGAGCGCUAGGGGCAACGACGAACAGAGCGCCGAAGUUACGGGACCACUGGCAACGCUUCGCGUUCACACAUACCUCUGCAGCACACGGUUCUCACAGGACCGUAUUGUUCUGGGCCUUCUGAGGUGGAAAGAAGCGUCAAAGGAAGAGGUCCCAUCGCUUCUGAAGCACCUCGUUUUUGUGCCCGAGAUUGAGGUUGUGAAGCUCUUGAGUGAUGUCCUGGACGCACUUUUCGGCAUCUUGGUCGAAUACGCUGGGAAUGACGAGUUCGAGGACUCAGUCUUCACCGCGCUUGUCAGGGUCCUCGGCAUUGUACACGAUCGCAGAUUCAACCUUGGCCCACUGGUAGACCAGUACGCCGAGAGCCGCUUCAAUUACCCCUUUGCUACACCUUGUCUCGUUCGGUCCUUCACUCGUCUGUUAGAGAAGCCCACGGAACCGGAAACGUCACGAAAGCUUCGAUCCACUUUCAAGGUCGUCCGCCACAUUCUCAAGUUCAUUACCCACGCCAGAGGUCAACAGAAAGCCAAAGAGGCCGGAAUAGGUAUCACGUCCUCAACACCUGGCUUUACUCGCCAUCUUCGCACCAUCUUCAAGGCUUUGGAUGCGAUGAUGCGCAACAAUGCGCCCGUCCUGGUUGGAAGCCAGACUCUGGCAGUGCAGCACUUUCACACUUGGCUUCCCGAGCUCGCUGGACUCCUCACUCCAGAAGAAAUUCUGCACAUCGCUAUCGAUUUCAUGGACUCUUGUGCCGGCGUUAAGGGGAAGCUUGUGCUAUACAAACUCAUCCUGGUCAUCAACUACUCCAAGCUCGACAUAUUCUCAAACCCUGAACAGAAGUCCGCGCUCAGCACGAACACGGUUAGGUGGAUUGAACCUCACUGGGGCCACAAGGAGAAUGUGACCGAUCUCUGGAAGGAACAGGUUCGGCUCUGCUGCUCGAUCCUGGCAACUCAGGUUGGCACCUUAGGGCCAGAGAUUCCUGACUACAUCCCAAAGCUUAUCGACUCUUACCUGUCGAUCCAAGCUGUGCCUUCGCGGCCACGCAACCGACUCUCCCUCCUCUUUCCAAUGUCCUAUCCUUUCCCGAGCAAGGCUGUUGCCGAUGAAAUUACCUACGACGAGACUCUCAUCGAGCUUUCGGCUAUCCUCUCAGCGCUGUGCAACUCUCCCGCCGGCAUGCAGCUCGACCUUGGCGAGGCAGACCUCACUGUGCUGCUUGAGAACGCUCUCCGUGUUUUCAUGAGCAUUCUCAACGGCCAGGCUUUCCCCUCUACCUGGUUGAGUGUGCAUAUUUUCCACCACAAGUCCAUCAUGAAAACCCUGCAAUAUCUCUCGAACAUCAUGCUCGAGUCAUUUCUUCCUGAUCCCGAUGACGCAGAGAACUUCAACACGGAGCUGUGGAAGAUGUUCUUUACGACACUUUUGAAACUUGUUGGCAGCCCGGGCCUCGCUCUCGAGACCUUCCCAGAGCAGAAGAGGCGCGCCGUUUGGAAGAUUGCUGGGGACGUCCGAGAAUCCGGUGCUGAGCUGCUACGCCGUACGUGGGAGGCUAUUGGCUGGGACACCAGCAUUGAAGAGCGAGCUCGCUACGGCCUCACAAAGAUGGGAGGCUACCAAGUUCAGUACGUUCCAACACUCGUUGGCCCCAUCGUCGAGCUCUGCCUUAGUGUGCACGAAGGACUUCGACGGAUGGCGGUUGAAGUACUGCAGACUAUGAUUGUCAGCGAGUGGACCCUAAGCGAGGAUCUUUCUGUCGUCCAGACGGAGAUGAUUGACUGCCUUGAUCUGUACUUCAAGUCGAAGCCUCUGACGGAGAGCAUCCUUCAAAAGCUCUUUGUUACUGAGCUUCUGGAACGAUUCGAUCCACUCUCCGAAAUCCCUGACGAACCGCUUUACGCUGCUGUUCGCGAGAUGGUUGGCACUGUGGAUGAGUUCCUUGAACUUCUUGUCGCUGUACACAGCGGUGACGUGGCCGGCGAAGCGUCUCAUAUGAUUAACCGUCUCCGGCUGAUGGAGUUCCUUCGAGACAUGCAGAAAGAGGAAAUAUUCAUCCGUUACGUCCACCAACUGGCUCUCCUUCAGCGCGAGUCUAGGAACCAUACCGAGGCUGGGCUGGCGUUGCGCCUACACGCUGACCUUUACGAUUGGGAUCCUACACGACAGGUUAUCGCACUUCACGACCCCGAAUUCCCAACUCAGUCACAAUUUGAGCGCAAGGAGCGAAUCUACUUUGACAUGAUCAAGCACUUUGAGGACGGCGAGGCCUGGAGCAGUGCACUCACUGCAUACCAGGAGCUGCGGGUUCAGUACGAGACCAACAUUUUCGACUUUUCGAAGCUUGCAAGAACAGAACGCGCGAUCGCCAAGAUUUACGAGACGAUUGCCAAAAGCGACAAACUGGUCCCCAAGUACUUCAAGGUAGUGUACAAAGGGCUCGGGUUCCCGGCUGGCCUGCGUGACAAGCAGUACGUGUAUGAAGGCUCACCAACCGAACGCGCAUCCGCCUUCACCGAUCGCAUGCAAGAGCAAUAUCCGUCUGCCCAAAUCGUCACCGGCGGCGAUGUUGAUGACUCGGAGGGCCAGUUCUUGGUCAUCUCCGCCAUCUCUCCCCAUCGCGACCUCUCUCACCACGUUUUCCAACGAGCCCGCGUACCUCAAGUCAUCCGGGAUUAUCUCAUCUCUUCUCAGCCUCAGAACUUCUCCGUGUCAUCUAGGCGCAACACCACUGGGCCUGUGGCUGAGCACUUUGCGGAGAAGGUAGUCUACACAACAGCCGACCCGUUCCCAACAAUCUUGCGGCGCAGCGAGGUAGUUGGUGCCUACGACGUCAAGCUCAGUGCGUGGGAGACGGGACUGGAGCGCAUCGUCCGCAAGACGCAGGAAAUGACGAUCAUCGAGAAGCGGGUCGCCGAGGGCGACGACGAAAACGCGCAGCUGCUUCUCGAUGCUGUUGGUGUCUCGGUGAAUCCCAACUCGGAAAACAGUGUUGUGUGCUACCGCCAGCUGCUCCCAGAACCCGAGGAUGAAGAAGACAUUGAGCUCAGUCCACAAGACAACGCCAUCCGCAUGGCCCUGGUGGACCAUGCCAUUAUGAUCAAGAGGUGUCUCGGGACUUUCUCGCGCAGCUCCAACGACAUGCUCCGCCGCCGACACGACGAGCUCAUGACUUACUUUGUCUCAACCUUUGCGCCCGAAAUCGCCCAUUUCGCGCCUGCUCAGCCAACUCACGAGGUGACUGCUGCCCCAUCUCCGACGUGGCGAGGUUCCUCUCCGUCUAUCUCGUCACCGCGCCCUCAGAGCGUCAUCACGGCGAUGGCCAACGGCAUCAUCACGGAGGAGGCAGCCUCUGUCCAACCCGUCUCGAUUCGACAGGGACGAGGAGCCCGUCUCAGCUUUUUGGGUGGCCGAAAGAAGGAGCCAGCCACGCCGACACUGACGAACGGGGAUCAUUACGGUGCAGCUUCGACAAGGACCACAGCAGCAAUCGUCGCAGCAUAUUGCGGAGCCCACCGUUCCGAUGCACCCGUCCUUCACAGUCUUCCACCCGUGGACACUGGUGAUUGGAUCACCGACUCGGGUGGCCGUCGCAGCUCCGAUCUGCGAACGCUAUCGCUGUCGCGCACAGGCACGGGCAGUGGCGCAGCAGAGAGGCACGAGGAGCGGCCUCAACCGAGCGUCAGCAGCGGCGGAAACCAGGCACCAGGGCUGGUCAAGAUGGGCAGCGUCCGCAAAAGAUUCAGCAUGCUCAAGCUCGGUAAGAAGAGCAGCCGGGGCAACGGCCUCAUGGGCGCCGUCGACGAGGAAUAG